CAUCGCUGUGCCUCGGGUUCGCGUCCCGAGUGAGCAGUCCUGGCCCAAAGCGUCGGUCCUGGCAAUCCGUAGGAAAAGCACUGCGGCACGGGAUCAGCCUCUGUGAACUCAGUGCUUCUCCUGGCAAGUAAACCCCAAGGAGGACUGACCAGUUCUUGAAUUUCUAUACCAUGGCCCUUCGAUCGGUGAUGUUCAGUGAUGUGUCCAUAGACUUCUCUCCGGAAGAGUGGGAAUACCUGGACUUGGAACAGAAGGACUUGUACAGAGAUGUGAUGUUGGAGAACUACAGCAACUUGGUCUCUCUGGGAUGCUUCAUUUCUAAACCAGAUGUGAUUUCCUUAUUGGAACAAGGAAAAGAGCCUUGGAAAGUUGUGAGGAAAGGAAGAAGACAAUAUCCAGAUUGGGAGACCAAGUAUGAAACCAAGAAGUUAUCUUUAGAAAAUGACAUUUAUGAAAUAAAUUUAUCCCCGUGGAAGAUAAUGGAAAGAAUUAAAAACCAUGGCCUUAAGGGUCUCAUUUUAAAACACAAUUGGGAAUCCACAGGAAAAAUGGAAGGACAGGAGAGACCUCAAGAAAGAUACUUCAGUAGUGUGAAAAUGCCAUCUGAAAAGGUGUCCUCUUACCAGAAACGCACAUCUGUUACUUCACAUCAGAGACUUCAUUUUGUCGAUAAACCCUAUGAAUGUAAGGAAUGUGGGAAGGCGUUCAGAGUGCGCCAACAGCUUACUUUUCAUCACAGAAUUCAUACUGGUGAAAAACCCUAUGAAUGUAAGGAGUGUGGGAUGGCCUUCAGACAGACUGCACACCUUACUCGACAUCAGAGACUUCAUUCUGGUGAAAAACUCUAUGAAUGUAAGGAAUGUGGGGAAGCUUUCAUAUGUGGUGCAGAUCUUAGAGUACAUCAGAAAAUGCAUAUUGGUGAGAAGCCCUAUGAAUGUAAAGAAUGUGGGAAGGCUUUUAGGGUACGAGGACAACUUACUCUGCAUCAGAGGAUUCAUACUGGUGAGAAACCCUAUGUGUGUAAAGAGUGUGGAAAGGCCUUUAGACAGUACGCACACCUGACUCGGCAUCAGAAGCUUAAUAGUGCUGACAGGCUCUAUGAGUGCAAAGAAUGUGGGAAGGCCUUUUUGUGUGGCUCUGGUCUUAGAGUACAUCACAAACUUCAUACUGGUGAGAAACCCUAUGAAUGUAAGGAAUGCGGAAAGGCCUUUAGAGUGCGGCAACAACUAACACUGCAUCAGAGAAUUCACACUGGUGAGAAGCCCUAUGAAUGUAAGGAAUGUGGGAAGACCUUCAGCCGUGGUUAUCAUCUUAUUCUGCAUCACAGAAUUCAUACUGGUGAAAAACCUUAUGAAUGUAAGGAAUGCUGGAAAGCCUUUAGUCGCUACUCACAACUUAUUUCACAUCAGAGUAUUCAUAUUGGUGUUAAGCCCUAUGACUGUAAGGAAUGCGGGAAGGCCUUUAGACUACUUUCACAACUCACACAGCAUCAGAGUAUUCAUAUUGGUGAGAAACCCUAUAAAUGUAAGGAAUGUGGCAAGGCCUUUAGAUUGCGCCAAAAACUUACUCUACAUCAGAGCAUUCAUACUGGUGAAAAACCCUUUGAGUGUAAGGAAUGUAGGAAGGCCUUUAGGCUUAAUUCAUCCCUUAUUCAACAUCUGAGAAUUCAUUCUGGUGAGAAACCCUAUGAAUGCAAGGAAUGUAAGAAGGCCUUUAGGCAACAUUCACACCUUACUCAUCAUCUGAAAAUUCAUAAUGUAAAAAUCUAAGAAAGUCUUUUCAACUUCUGUGUAAUUGAACAUUCUAUGAAUGUAGUAAUUAAUCUCUUUUGCUCCAUACAUUCAACUGACUUGGCAUUAGAGAUUUUAUACCAUUAAAAGAGUGUGAUAAUGUAUUGUAUUCCAUCAUCACUCAAACCUGAAACUUCAGCACAUUUGUUCUAAAAACUAAUCCUGUUAUAAGAAUGAGAAAGAUACUUACCAUCAUCCCUAUCCCAUCACUUUGUGUCAUACUAGACAAGAAACUUAACUGCUCUGUGCUUUAAUUUUUUUAUUUAUGAAAUGGUCAUGUAAGAGUGCAGCAAUUUGACACUCUUUCAAUCAAAAGGUGGAAUUUACAUCCCUCUGUUGUAUAUAGGCAGACUCUGUGACUGCUUUGCCCCGUAGAAUAUGGUAGAUGUACUGCUGUGCUGGUUUCUUGACUCAGACUUUACUGGUAGAGUUACUUCAUCUCAUGAAAUGAGAGAACUGUCAUGUUACAGAGUCUGGCUACUGUGCUGAAGAGACCACCUGAAGAGGCCCUGAAACUACGUAGAGAGGGAGAGGCACCUGCUGAACCCUGUCUUCUUGACAUCCGCCAAGAUACCAGACAUUUGAGUGAAAUUUUGGAUCCACCAGACCAGCCACCAGCUAAAUGCCACUGAGUGACUUGGUAACAUCAACUGAUGCCACGUAGAAUGAAAGAAUUGACCAGCUGAGCCCCUGCCCAAAUUUCUGACCCACAAAAACAUGAGAUAUAAUAAAAUGGUUGUCAUUUUAAGCCA